UUUCUGAAAACCCGCACACGCUGCCCGUCUGCGCUCGGCUCUCUGGGACGGCGCUCACCAUGAGGCUCAUCCCUGCAGGUGUCGUGCCCUUCGUGGCCCUGCUACUGCUGCAAAGGAGGCCGGUGGCCGGGCGGGCGCUGCUGGGGACGGGCUCUGCUUGUCCCACCAACGGGCUGUGCAGGGCCAACGUCCAGGAGCAGACCCGCAGGCAGGUUGCACUGCUCAACGCCACUGCGCAGGACCUCUUCAGCCUCUAUCUGAAGUGCCAGGGAGAGCCGUUCAGCAGCGAGAGCGACCGCCUCUGCACCCCCAGCGGCAUCUUCUUCCCCCCCUUCCACGUCAACCGGACCACCGAGAGGAAGGAAGUGAUGGUGGCCAUGUACAAGCUCUUUGCCUUCCUCAACGCCUCACUGGGGAACAUCACCCGCGACCAGGAGGAGCUCAACCCCACGGCCAAGGAGCUCCUCGACCGCCUCCACAACACCACCAAGACCACUCGGGGCCUCAUCUCCAACCUCACCUGCCUGCUCUGCAAGCACUACAACAUCUUCCAGGUGGACGUGAGCUACGGGGAGAGCAGCAAGGGCAAGAGCGCCUUCAAGAAGAAGCAGCAGGGCUGCCAGGUGCUCAGGAAGUACGUGCAGGUCAUCGCCCAGGCUGCUCGUGUCCUCCUACCUCACCUCAGCCCUGCAUGAGCCCCGGCCCCCGCGCCACGCCGCGACCGGGACAGCGGACAUCUCCUUGCACCCAUCCCACAGAUGGGCACGGCGAGGCCCCUCCACCUCCUCACCUCUCGCCUUCCUAUUUAUUACCUCCUGCUGAUGCUGCACCGGAUCCGGGCCAUCCCAUGCUUUAAUUUAUUUCCCUGUUCAGGGGAGGACGAGGGCAUGGGGCUCUGUCCCCCGCACCCUGGAGCCCCAUGAGGAUGCUCAGCCCCACAGCUCGGGGCUCAUCACAGACAUAGUGAAAAAUCAGGAGGAGGAGACCCACUCCAGCAUCCCUCCAGCAUCCAACGAAAGAGAUUUUCCCCUCCUGGAUGCGCUCACACCCACAGCAGCCAGCAGGGACGCUGGGGAUGUGCUCCCACCAUACGCUAUGGGGCCGGCACCCCUACAAUGGGGCUGAACUGAGGGUGUGCGGUGGCCAGGGCUGGGUCCCGCCACCCAAUGGGGACAGGGACGUGGUGCUGGGGAGCACCCGUGGA